GUCACCUGAAUCGAAUCAACUGAGACCGAGUGUGCCAUGUCAGUCAACUGAGUCAGUUCAUUCAUCUGUCAACCCUACACCUGACGGGUGGUGUGGUCCCCUUCAGCAUCCCCCCCGCGCACACACGCACACACAAAACGCCAGCCAGCGACUGAAGGUACGCACACCACACCAACACGCACACACAGGAUAAGGCGGUCAGACAGCUCUAGACAGACAGACAGCAGACAGACCACCACUAGAAAACCACGCAGGCAGACACUCACUGUCAUGCAUUGGCGCAUCAAUCCAUCAUGCAUUUACCCACAUGGAGCCAUCCGCGGUGAGCUGAACACCGCAUCGUUCGUUCGAUAAACCGGCCAGACAGACAGCACGGCAAGAGCCGCCACGCCCACACGAGCAAGCCAAGCCAAGCCACGGGAGUGAGGGAGAGAAACACGCACCAAUCACUCACUCACUGUGCUGCGAAAAAAGCAGCAGGGAAGGAAAGAAGGAAGACAUGCAUGUCAUGUAAAGUCAUGUAAAUGGGCGGAGUUAGUUGUAGAAAACCCCCGCAGUACGUACCUCCCGACGACCAGACAGACCACCUUGUGCGGUCUCGGCAAACACGCAGCUAGCCACACUUUGACACGCAAGACGCACACACACACACACACACACGACAACUCUUGCCCCCUCCUGCCCUGCCUGACUCAAAACACACAUAUGGCCACCCAGCUCUCUCAGUCUCUCACUUGUCACAUCUAUCACACACACUGUCCCCCACCGAUUUCGACGGCGUGGCUGCUGCAGAUCGCCCCGGGUCCGAAACAAGGAGUCUGCCAUGAACUUCGGGUCUCAUGCACUGCACCUGCCACGCCGUCAAAAUCAAUCGCGGAUGACAUCCCAUCACAUCACCUCACGGCACGUAACAACAAGGCCAGCCCUGCCUGACGAAAAACCUGGAUCUGUCUGGCGGCAGGGGCAGCAAGGGGGAGGGUGUGGUGUGGUGUGGCGUGAGGCAACCAACCACAUCCCACGGCGUGCAUCAGAUGACGCAUCUAUCCAUCCAUCCAUCCAUCCAAAACCCCCGCUAAGUACUGCACGUGCUGCCUGCCUGCCUGCCCUGCCUGCCUGCCUAGAACUGGCAGGAGGCGCCGUCGCACCCUCUGAACUGACCCUGGCCGAAGAACCUCGCCCUGCCCAGCGAGACAAUGCCAUCUGACACCCACAGACGUCAGCAACACGCCAGACGGUGUGGUGUGCCUAUAGGAUCGCUCUUUCCCUACUCCCUGCCCGCCCUGUGUGGCCUGGCCUUACUUACCGUCGUCGUAGACCUUUCCAGAGUUGAACUGGAAGCACAUAACACACGAAGAGAGAGACGGGACAGUCAAGUCACAACCACUUUACUUCAGCUUGUUCGGUCCUUUUCCCCUCCCACUCUCUCUCUCUCUCUCUCUCUCUCUUGUGUCUGUGAGUGAGUGAGAACUGACGUUGAGGUUGGAGCCGAUGCCGCGCGGCCCCCUGUUGUAAGCAGGACCCACAAUGCUCACACCUGGGCAGGCAGAUCCACAGCCAUGCAAUGUAUUCCAUGCACCUUCAGCCAUCCAUCCAUGUGUGUGUGUGUGUUUCUUGGUCUUACGGGAUUGGAGCUGGCGUCUGGCGGGGUCCUCGGGCUUGGGCUCCUCAGCGUCACGCGGGUCGGGGCCGUUGAGGAUCUCGGCCACUGCGCAGUACCCCUCGGGGGCGUCGGCGGCGUCGGCCUCGCCACCGCAUCCCCCCUCUGGCUUGGGGCGGAGCAGUACGGCUCUCUCCUUGUCGAUCUCCAGAUACUCUCCUGCAGAGAGGCAUAUACACACCUCGUUCCUUCUGUCGCUGGGCAGGCCACUCCCUCUCCCCAUCCCCCUCCCACUCACUCACCGUUCAAGAAGACGACUUUGACGGAUCCCUGGCUCUUGUUCUUGGUGACAUCCCGCACUUUGAAGUACCGCUCGAGGACGUCGCCGUUCUUGGCCAGCAGGUCGUCGAUGUAGAGGCCGUCCAGCUGCAGCCAUAUGUGGAUGGAUGAACCAACACACCACACACGUCAAAAGACGCACGCCGUGUGGACCAACACAUAUGCAACACAUGGUGCUGUGCUGGUGUGGGUGCAGCGUGUGUGACUUACGUUUUCGAGGUCAUCCAGCGAGUGUGUGAUGAAGUCAAAGGGGCUCUGGUAGAUGGAAACAGCACAGCGCGGAGAAAGGGAGACAGACGACACGUGCAUGACAUGUUGGCUGACUGACUAUCACGAGCAGCGCACCUCCACGUCGGUCUUCGCCUUCGUUUCUGCACGCCCACGACAGCACACACAGAUACGCACACAUUCGCCCGUGUGCAUGCAAUUUUCUCUCCCUAUGCCCUCCGUCGUAAGUCACUUACGGAUGACGUUCUUUGUGGCCUUGGUGCCAAUCACCAGGCCGUUUUCGUCCGGCUUGAAGUCCUGCAGUAAGGAGGGCGGGGUGGUGGCAGGUGAACAAACCACGUCUCUCCCUGUCUGUGUCUGAGUGAUGCGACUGAGCGACUAGACUCACUCACCUUGGCCAUCUCCACCGCCGCGAAGGUGAUGCCAAGCAGCAGUACUAUCGUCACGCUGAACAAGGGAUCGCACACACACACACACACGCACACACACAAGCCGUCUCUCUCUCUCUCUCUCUCUCUCUCUCGUCUUGGCGUUUUUGGUGUGUGGUGUGCGGUGUAUGAAUGUGUGUGGAUGUGCUGGUGGGCCUCUACCCACAUACAUGUAGAGGAUGACGACGCCGAAGAUGACCCACUUGAGGCGCUUGUUCUCCUUCCGCUCGCUCAUCAUCUGCUUGGCGGCAGCCGUCACCUCGUCGAUGCUGCAUCAGCCGCACACACACACACACAGACACGGAGAGAGAGGCAGGUACUUGCAUUGCCUGUCCCCAUCUCCCCGCCAGGCAUCACUGUGUCAGUCACCCCUCACUCACCUGAACAUGCCAUCCUGGUUGGUGUCCCAGGCCUUGAGCAGCUGCACAAUGCGCUCCGUGUCGUUGCCCGGCGUGGACGUGGUCGAUGCAUUCUCGAACGCAACGGUUCUCUGCUUGGCGUUCUGCUUCUCUGUCGACAUGACUGGGAGGGGCGGAUGUUACAGAGGGGCAGAUCUGUCGAUGGGAGAGUGAGGAAUGGGGUGGGGCGACGGCUGGAAGGGCUGGAAGACGAUUGUAGAAAGAUUCGUGAAGACCCGGCGGUGAAGUCUGAGCAGCCGUUUCAGG